CGUCUCAAUAUAUUUUCUUGCACGGUCACCCUGCCCCACUCUGGGUUCUCGUGCAUUCCCUGAAUUUUGCACUUGGAGACGCCGUCGUUUUGGCGCCGGUGCCUCCACCGCCACCUCCCUGCCGGAUCCACCAUGGCCGAGAAAAUGAAACGGCGCUGCAGGUUCUCCCUCCCCGUGAGCGUCGUCGUUUUGACCAUCGCCUACAUUUACCUUUCCACUGUCUUCGUUUUCAUUGACAAGUGGUUCGGCCUCUCUUCUUCGCCGGGAAUAAUGAACGCCAUCGUCUUCACUGCGUUAGCCAUCAUGUGUAUCUUUAAUUAUGCUACCGCUAUAUUAACAGAUCCGGGUUGGGUCCCCUCCGCCUACAUGCCAGACAUCGAAGACGUUGAAAGCCCUAUUCACGAGAUCAAGCGAAAGGGUGGGGAUUUGAGAUAUUGCCAAAAGUGUUCUCAUUAUAAGCCUCCCCGUGCUCAUCAUUGCCGUGUUUGUAGAAGAUGUGUUCUGCGCAUGGAUCACCAUUGCAUUUGGAUAAACAACUGUGUAGGCCAUGCAAACUAUAAGGUCUUCUUCAUAUUUGUCAUGUAUGCAGUUAUUACCUGCGUUUACUCCUUGGUCUUGCUCGUGGGUAGUCUAGCUAAUGAUGGUUUAAAGGAGGAAGAGCAAAAUGGUGGCUCUUACAGAACUUUUUAUGUUAUUUCGGGGAUGCUGGUGGUUCCCUUAUCUAUAACCUUGGGUGUACUUUUAGGAUGGCAUAUCUAUCUCGUCCUGCAUAACAAGACUACCAUAGAGCAUUAUGAUGGAGUUAGAGCUUUGUGGCUUGCUGAGAAGGGGGGCAAUAUUUAUAAACAUCCGUAUGACCUUGGUCCAUACGAGAAUUUGACAACUGUUCUGGGACCAAAUAUCCUCAGCUGGGUAUGGCCUACAGCAAACCAUAUAGGUUCUGGACUUCGAUUCCACACUGCUUAUGACAUCGCACCGGGUGCAUCAGCAUCGAAAUAAGUCAUGGUGUCGCCUGGUUGUGGUCAUUUGUAGUGCAUACACAUCUAACCCUAGCUGUGAAGAUUGGUUGAGUGAUGACAAAGCCCAGAGGUUGAGUAGUCUGCUAUCACUAAUCCAACUGACAAAAGUCUUUUCAUGUGUCAGUCACCCACAGUUGGUGAGGUUUUGGUUUUUUAGAGCUGUUUGGUGCAUCUGGUCAUGGCCGUGGAAUGAAUAUGCCUGUGGAUAUUUUGAUUUUCAGCAGUAUAUCUUCUUUCUUCCUUGUUUCUCCCUCCUCUUGGUGGACAUAAAAUAGGUUUUUGGUUGAUGUGGGGCUACAACCAUGGUGUUCUUCUGGUGGUUGACACUGUACAAUGACAAGUUAUGAAAACCAGGCUCUCCGAAGACAUGUCAAGCAAAUAUUGAAGACUGGCCUUUGUGAAAAGUUGUAUCGUGUGUAUUCUAGAAUUUGUAAUUUUCCUGUAUGCUGAUAGAAUAAUGAUAUAUUUGUAUCACACUCUUAUUUUGAUAUCAAUGAAAGUGAAAAUUCUGUCUUCCAAUCUGAA